GAAUCCUCCAUAGUCGCCCAUAACACUAGGCACACUAGGGUUAGGUUCGUAAUGGAGUAUUGGUUCGCCAAAUAAAAGUCGUAUCAGUGAUUUAUUUUCGUCAGCGGCAAAUAAAUGCCGCUCGCGCCGGCCUGCUAAGAACACGAUCGAGAAGUUCACGUCGCGCGAAGAACAAAAGCGCAUCGCAAUCGCCGUUGCACACUCACAAAUCACGGCAGUCAUUGGAAUGUUCAAAUGUGUGCUGGUGACAUUUGAUUAAAAUGAGUCGUCAUGAAGGUGUGAGUUGUGAUUCCUGCUUGAAGGGCAACUUCCGCGGCCGGCGCUACAAGUGCCUCAUUUGCUAUGACUUUGAUUUGUGUGACACUUGCUAUGAGACUGGAGCAACCAAUACUCGGCACACCACUGAUCAUCCAGUGCAGUGCAUACUAACUAGGGCUGAUUUUGAUUUAUUCUAUGCUGGUGAAGCAAUCACAAAUGUAGAUCAACCUCAAGCUUACACUUGUCCCUAUUGCUCAAGAAUGGGCUUUACUGAUGCUACUCUACAAGAACACGUCACUGCUGAUCAUAGUGAUAUCUCUUAUGAAGUAGUGUGUCCGGUGUGUGCGGCAAUGCCAGGCGGCGAUCCAAACUUCAUGACCGACGAUUUCGCGGGCCAUCUUACAAUGGAGCAUCGCUCAGGCACGCGCGAUUUAAUCUCUCUUCUGGAUGAACCUGGCGGUGGGUCUGGAGGCAGUGCACCACUUGUUCGACAUAGUGGACGACGCAUUGCGCACACUGGCCACCUGCCGAGCAGUCGUGGUGCACAAUCGACGCGUCCUCGCCGUUCUAAUAUGCAUUUUAGUAUUUUUAGCACGACAGGUCUCAGUAGCUUAUCGCCAUCUUCUAGGGAGCCUGUCGACCCGAUCGCCGAGCUGCUGUCGCAACUCUCCGGCGUGCGUCGAUCGGCGAGUAAUGCCACCAGUAGUACAUCCAGUCAACUACAGCAACUUCAGAUGCAUCUACAGCUGGAACGUCAGCAGGUAUCAGCGCGUCAACAGUUGGAGAGACUUCCACGUAGGCAGAAUCAGAGUCAAACGACAAGCUUACGCGAGGCUGCUAGUUCCGCAAACACGAACUUUGGAUACAGUUUGUUGAUGAAUCCGAAUACUACUGCUGCGCAGCCGACGGCGUCUGCUCCGCCGGUACCUUCACCGCCUUCUAACUUUUUGUUGGAGGGUUUAUUGGAGGAAUUAUCGCUGCAGUCAUCCAACGAUGCGAAUUUCAGCGAUCGCUAUAACUUCGCUGAUAAUUUACUGGUUGGUACGAUGAAUUCGAUGAAGAAUUCGGUGCAGCAGUCACAAAUUGGUGAGGAUUUAUCAGCGCAGAUACAACAGCGAUAUGCGGCUACAGUGACGCCUACGCCUAGUGUGGAGCUGUCUUCGGCUAGCGGUAGCCGACCUACUUCGGCACAGGGACGAGUUUUACGUGGGCGAGCGCGUUCGGAUGGUCAUAAUGCGAUACGUCGUGCGGAUGCGAAUCGCGCCAGCUUGCAGGACUGCAAGAAAACGGAGAGUCCACCGAAUAACACCGAUGGCAGUGGGGGUGGUGGUGGUGGCAUCACCCAGAGAUAGUCUAGCAACAUGCGCGAAGUGAAAUCGAACAAUUGUUGCAGUUUGAAUUGCUAAUUGUUGACUAGUUUAAAAAUUGCUGCGCUGGUUGCCUGCGAAACACGCGCAUCACAUGAUUGUGUGAUUUGUGAUACGAUCGCGACGACGUCAUGACGAGCAGUGAUGAUAACAAAAUGUAUGAGAUGCCUAAACAAGAAACAAAAACGUAUGUCUAUAGUUUUGUCACAAAAAUAACUUUCGAACUGUUGCUUUAAUUGUCCAUCUAUAUACUAUAUUGAAUUACACUAUACCAAAAAUUUGAAGAAACGGAAAGUUUAACUCGUAAAGUGUCACAGGAUUACUCACUACUGUAUAAUUUGUGUGUUACUCGCGCCAGGUGGGUUUCAGUGGCACUGCAGACAUUACAUUCAAGUACAUGAUCAAUUAUUAUCAAGUAAAACACAUUGGGUUUGUUUUUGUUUUGUUUUGAAAACAUUAAUUUUUAAGAGUCCUACAAUAAAUGCAUUAAAUGUU